UAUUAGUGUCAAAGGAUGCGUAAAAUUUUCCGUCGUUUUCCCUAUCGCCCGCCCCUCAGAUUUCCAGAAAGUCGCCGUGAAGUUGAAGACCGUGAAACAUCUUCAACCUCACUCGGCCUCGUAAUGGAGAAAGGAAAUUCCCACACUGCCCCAAGGCCUCAUCCCGACGACCGCAUCAAGCUCAACGUCGGCGGCAAGUACUUCGAAACGACUUUAGAAACGAUCCAGGCCGGCGGACCCGACUCUCUCUUAGCCGCCCUAUCAAACCGCUCCACCGACGACCCGAACCCGGUUUUCAUUGACCGGGAUCCGGAGAUCUUCUCCGUCAUCCUCUCUCUUCUCCGAUCGAAAGGCCUCCCCUCCGCGGCUCGCCUAUUCUCCAAGCAGGAGCUCGCCGAUGAAGCCCUCUACUACGGCAUCGAGUCGCAGCUUAAGUCGGCGAUGUCGCCGCCUCCUCUUUCUGGAAUCGACGCAUCAAUUGUCACCACCGUCCAACCCGCCUACGAUGGCUGUCCUUCGGCGAUUACCGCAGGGGACGACGGCUCCGUCUGGAUAGCCCAUGGCGGCCAGAUAUCCAGCUACGAUUGGAAACUCAGCUACGCCGGAACUCUACGUACGCAUUUGGAGGACAUAACCUCGAUUUGCCGUGUGUAUCCUGAUAUCGCCGCUAUAGGAUCCGAAUCCAGUGCAGGACUUCACUUCUACGAUUUCUCAGGCGUGCGAAACCUCGGGUCGAUCCACUGGACCGACCCGGAAGAUCCCAGAAUCUUCAAGGCGCGAGUCACCGCCAUUGCCGACUCGCCAAGCUCUGUCUUCGCGUCAUUCGAUUGCUCCCACAGAGAGAAUUGCAUCCUCGUGAUCGACAAAUCGACUCUCAAAAUCGUAUCAGAGCUGAGCCGGCAACCGGGGAGCUCCGCAAAGAACCUGGCCGUGGGAAAGCUGAGGUGGCUUCCGGAGACAGGACUGAUCGUCGGGAGCUCCGUCACGUGCGGCGCCUUUGGUUACUCGGGUUACAUCCGAUUGUGGGACCCGAGGUCGAAUGGGGUGGUUUGGGAGGCGAACGAACCGGGUUCAGGCCGGAGCAGUCGGUUCGGGGAUUCGUUCGCCGACGUGGAUGCCGACGUUGAGGAGUCGACCCUGUUCAAGUUGUGUUCAAAGUCCGGCGACUUGGCAGUGGCAGACUUGCGUAAAUUAGGGGAUGAUCCGUGGGUAUAUUUACAAGACAAGAACCCAAGCUUGAGGUACACCGGCGGAGAUGGGACGGGUGGAAAUAACAAUAGUGUGGUGAGGUGUUACAGAAAGCAAGUGUUUGUGGGGAGGGAAGGUGGGUUGGAGGUUUGGUCGAAGGUGGCAGAAGCAGAACGCAGGGUGGAAAUAGAAAAUGGGGUUUGUGAGGGGUGGUAUAGGAGGAAUUUUGUUGAUAAGGUUGAGGAUUCUGAGAGAGGGAUUAUAAAGAAAAUCGAAGGUGGCGGCGAUAGGCUGUUUGUUAUAAGGGAAGAUGUUGAGGGCAUUGAGGUGUGGGAAAGCUCUCAAUCUUCGGGUGCAAUUUCGGUUUUGUGACUCCAAAGGAAAGGCUUUGUAAUCUGUGUGAUAACACUUCAUUGCUUCUAUGUUUUUCGUUUCUCGGCAUGUUGGUAUCUUUGCAACUUGUCACAAAUUUCAUUUUUUUUGCUUCGUUUUAAGAAUAUUUCGGAUAUCUCAA